GGGCGAGCCGAGCGCGGGCCGGUCGAUGCCAGGCUGGGUCUGAGCGGGAGCGGGCGGUCCUCCAGGCCGGCGAGCCGAGCGCGGGCGGGUCGAUGCCAGGCUGGGCCUGAGUGCGAGCGCGGUGCCGGGAGCGGGAGAGCGGGGCGGCCCCGAGCGGCCGCGACAUGUCGAGGAUCAACCACCAGCGGGACUACAAGGCCGGGGACCUGGUCUUCGCCAAGAUGAAGGGCUACCCGCACUGGCCGGCCCGGAUUGACGAGCUUCCCGAGGGAGCUGUGAAAUCGCCAUCGAACAAAUACCCCAUUUUCUUCUUUGGCACCCACGAGACCGCCUUCCUGGGACCAAAGGACCUGUUCCCAUACGAGGAAUCCAAGGAAAAGCUGGGGAAGCCGAACAAACGGAAAGGUUUCAGUGAGGGUUUGUGGGAAAUCGAGAACAACCCAACAGUCAAGAAGUCGGGAUACCAGGCGCCCACGUCCCACCAAAGCUCGUCGGAGGGGGAAGGUGAUGGGGAGAAGAAGGAGAACCAGGAGGGCAGCAGCGACGAGGAGGGGAAGCUGGUGAUCGACGAGCCGGCCAAGGACAAGGAGAAGCUGGAGAAGGCCGGCUCGAAGCGCAAGCUGGUCACUCCAACAAAGGUUUCCCCGAAGCGGCCCUGCGAUUCCAAGGAGGAGGGGGAGGCGGAGGAAGGGGGCAAGGGGGAGGAGGAGGAGGGCCACAGCCCCCCGCCCCAGGGAGAGGAGCAGGCGGAGGAGGAGAAGGAGAACAAGGGCAGCCUGGCACCCAGUGAGAAGACGGAGAGCGAGCUGGUCAAUGCCACGGAGACCCAGAAGGUGCACGAGGGGGCCGAGGCUGCUCCUGUUUAAAGCAUGAAGCUGAUCCGCUGGACCAGGCUUUUUUGCAGACCCAGAAACCUCGAGGAUCGGGGCAUUUGUUUUAGAUUUCAAAGGAAAGCAUUGUUUGUGCUGAUAGCGGCUUUUUACACCAGUGUCGAGCUUGAGCUCACUUUUAUGGUAAUAAAAUGAAAAUUCUGCUUCACGGUU